AUGAGGCCGCUGCGGGCAUUUCCGCUGGCCCUCAGCGUGGGCACCGACAUUUGCCACAUCGCGCGCAUCCACGCCAUCCUCCGGGGCCCGCGGCGGGGGCGCUUCGUGCGGCGCAUCCUGGCGCCCGAGGAGCUGGCGGCGGCCGACGACCGGCUGCCGGGCUUGACGGCCGAGGGGGGGCUCGUCGCCGGAGACGGAGACGGGGAUGGGGAUGGGGGAGCGGUUCGGAAGACGGGGCUGUGGAAGAUGGCCGUCUUUGUGGCGGGGCGAUUCGCGGCCAAGGAAGCGGCCAUCAAGGCGCACGCGCAGCAGCACCGGCGACUGGGCUGGCACGACAUUGUGAUUGAGCGGCGGCGAUGCAGCAGCAACGGUAGCAGCAGCAGUGGACCACCGGUGGCGAGGAUCAAGGCGGGCGAGGGCGAGGGCGAGGACGAGGACGAGAGCGCGCUCGUGUCCAUCAGUCACGACGGCGACUAUGCGACGGCCGUGUGCAUUGCCUACAGUGGAGGCCGGGACUCUACGCAGCCAUAA